GAUGCAGAGAAUCAAAUAUUAAAGACAAGUGUAUGGUACUGGGAGGUCUGGAAUGAUGAAUUUUUAUCCUGGAACUCCAGCUUGUUUGAUGAGAUUAGAGAGAUCUCCCUACCUCUAAGUGCUAUCUGGGCCCCAGAUAUCAUCAUCAAUGAGUUUGUGGACAUUGAAAGAUCCCCUGACCUUCCCUAUGUUUAUGUGAACUCAUCUGGGACCAUUGAGAACUCUAAGCCCAUCCAGGUGGUCUCCGCAUGCAGUUUAGACACAUAUGCUUUUCCAUUUGAUGUCCAGAAUUGCAGCCUAACCUUCAAGAGCAUUCUGCAUACAGUGGAAGACGUAGACCUGGCCUUUCUGAGGAGCCCAGAAGAUAUUAAGCAUGACAAAAGUUUUUUGAAUGACAGUGAGUGGGAACUUCUAUCUGUGUCCUCCACAUACAGCAUCCUGCAGAGCAGCGCUGGAGGAUUUGCACAGAUUCAGUUUAAUGUGGUGAUGCGCAGACACCCCCUGGUCUACGUCGUGAGUCUGCUGAUUCCUAACAUCUUUCUCAUGCUGGUGGACCUGGGGAGCUUCUAUGUGCCACCCAACUGCCAAGCCAGGAUUGUGUUCAAGACCAGUGUGCUGGUGGGCUACACCGUCUUCAGGGUCAACAUGUCCAACCAGGUGCCACGGAGUGUAGGGAGCACCCCUCUGAUUG